AUGCGAGAAACUAUGGGGCAGGGUUCCGAGACUGAUUGCCGGGGACCCGCGGCUUACACACCCUCCCCAAGCGUUCUUCGGGGAUCAAAGUGCGACCGCAGCCCGAGGGCCGAGGACGACGCUGUGGGCCCCGGAAGCGCACGCGUCCCGGCGCUGUGCGGCAGAGGCGGCGGCGGCGGUGGCGGCGGACCGGCGGGCGGCGCGGAGGAGGAGGAGGAGCCCGCGGCGCCCAAGCCGCGCAAGAAACGCUCGCGGGCCGCCUUCUCCCACGCGCAGGUCUUCGAGCUGGAGCGCCGCUUCAACCACCAGCGCUACCUGUCCGGGCCGGAGCGCGCCGACCUGGCCGCGUCGCUGAAGCUCACCGAGACGCAAGUGAAGAUCUGGUUCCAGAACCGUCGCUACAAGACCAAGCGCCGGCAGAUGGCCGCCGACCUGCUGGCGUCAGCGCCCGCCGCCAAGAAGGUGGCGGUGAAAGUGCUCGUACGCGACGACCAGAGACAGUACUUGCCCGGCGAGGUGCUGCGGCCACCCUCGCUGCUGCCGCUGCAGCCCUCCUACUAUUACCCUUACUACUGCCUCCCCGGCUGGGCACUCUCCACGUGUGCAGCCGCCGCGGGCACCCAGUGA